AUGGCUUGUUCCAUCUCUUUGUCUAAAAUCAUCCUUUCCGCCAUUGUUAUGCUCAUCAUCUCUGAAAAAAUUACACCCCAGGAAACCACAUAUCGAUACCACAAAUGCACAGGAAAGUCAUCAAUUUGCGGUUGCACUUCCAAUAUUGCCUUCUCAACAAACCUCAAUCAAACUCUCUCUUCACUAAUCUCAAACGCCACCCUCAGCAAUGGAUUUUACAACACCAGCACCGGCGGCCUGCUGGACGGCUCCGAUAAAGCCUAUGGCCUGUUUCUUUGCAGAGGAGACAUCGCUCCUGAUUUAUGCCAAAGUUGUGUCAAGGCCGCUAGUGAAAAUAUCAUAACCCUUUGUCCAGAAGAGAAGGAAGCAAUUAUAUGGUAUGAUGAGUGCAUGUUAAGGUACUCAAACAGGACGAUUUUCGCCGACAUUGAAGAGGAUCCUGGUUAUUGUAUGGCGAACAUGAACAAUGUUUCGAAUGUGAAUCAGUUUAAGGAGAGUUUGGAUGGGUUGAUGAAUAGUUUGAUCAAAGAGGCUGUGGGUUCUAGCAAAUUUUUUGCCACAGAAGAUGUGAAUUUCACAACUUUUACUAGGCUAUAUGGUCUGGCGCAAUGCACUCCUGACAUUUUUUCAUCUGAAUGCAACAUUUGCUUGGAUGCCUGCGUUGGUGAGAUUUCUGAUUGCUGUUAUGGGAAGGAAGGAGGUAGAGUAUACAGGCCUGGUUGCAAUAUCAGGUUUGAAAUUUAUCCUUUCUACUCUCAACCACCUCCACCUCCGCCUCCACCUCCACCUUCAACUCUACCACCAGUACCACCACCUACCCCACCAGUACCCUCAACAAGUACAAGUGGUAAGCAUUUGAUUUUGCAAUUUUUUUUUUUGGAUUAUCAGAUUCAUGUACAUCAAACUAAUGAGCAAGUUUCUGCAUGUAAUGUCCUGUAUACCCACUUCCUCGUAUGGGGCUUCGAGAGUUACGUUGUUCUUCACGUAUUGUCUUGGGUUCGAAUCAAGAGAGACGCGCUUUAA